AUGACUGACGCCCAAAAUCCCGACGCCCAAAAUUCCGACGCCCAAAAUUCCGACGCCCAAGAUUCCGAUGCCCAUCUCGACGCCCGAAACCUCUACGCCCAACUCGCUUCCCUCCCACCUGACCUCGCGGUGCUUUUACUCAGGGCAACUUGCCUCCAGCUCAGGAUAACUCAAGUCCGGCUCAAGGAAGCUCACCUCCGGCUCAGGAUGGCUCGCCAACGGCUCAAUUUGGCUGUCCAACGGGCCAGGAUGGCUCGCGUCCGCCGCAUGGUGAUUUGCGUCCGGCUCUCGCGUAUGGCUCAACGUGAAAUUGGCUGGGUCCCCUCACGUCGCUGA